AUCAGAGAUUGUUGAGCAGAGUUGAGACUCCGAAAAGCUCGGUACAACUUUUAGCUCCCUCGUCGAAUCGUGUGAACCAGCCAACAACCAACAUCAUGCCUUUUGUGGGACAACCAGCUGAGUGCGCGUAGUAGUAGGAAAACAAGUAUAGCUGGAUAAUAAUAGUUUCUCUUUCACUUUCAUUGAUUGCAGUUUUCAGUCUGACAUUAAUUAGGUUGCAAAGCUGCGAAGAAAACUUCUAAAGAUGCGCUUUUGGUAGAAUCAGUUAUGUGAUAACCCACGACAUGUGUUGUGUAAUGAAUAGCGGGGUAUAGACCCGAAAAUCAAGUUGUGCAAUGUGUAAAAUGAUCAGAGACUGCAGAUUGACCUGAGAAGUCAGCGAAUAUUGUCGGACCAAUCGUCGUGAAACUCACUCGCUAGACCAGCAAAAGGUCUGAAUCGAAAAUAAAACGUGCAAUCGGUGAAAUUGUUAUGCCCAUUAGGAGGAUGGCUGUCCUCGUCAAAUUGUUGCGUAAUCUGAAAAUUCCGCGCUGGUCCACCCUGCUCCCGGUGCUGUUUUAUUUAGUUUUCAUCACCUGCAUUCUCAUGAUAGCGUUCCCCGCCAAUCAGUCUGGCGAGGACACGAAAGAGGGAAGAAAAAAGAGUCAUGCGGAUCGGCAGGACGACGACAGCAGUCUCAACUCCGUCCUGGAGAAUGUCAGCGAGGAACGGCUGCAGGAUCUGGCCGAGGCAUUCAGCAAAGCCGACACCAAUGGUGAUAAACAUUUAUCGAUUCAAGAACUCGCCAAAUACAUUAAUUUCAAAAUAAGAGACCACAUAGAUAGCGCGAUUCGCAACAAUCCAACCCUUUUUGUAGAAAUUGAUCUGAAACCGCGAGAUGGCCUCGUUAGCUGGGAUGAGUAUCAAAUGUUCACCCUUCGCGAAAAAGGCAUCCACGAGUCGUACAUGAAGAAGAAACUAUUCGACACGCUAGACCGCAAGAUCAAGGAAUCGCUGGCACGCGAUAAAGCCGUCUGGAUGGAGGCUGCUCGGACCGAUCCGAUGAGCCUGACGUUGGAUGAGUUCUUAUCCUUCAAGCAUCCAGAAUCCAGUACAGUCAAUCUGUUAAACUUGGUGGACGACAUUCUGCGUCAGUUCGAUAUGGACGGCGAUGAUAAACUUACGAUAGGCGAAUUUUCCGAUGUUCUACCAAAUGGGGUUGCCGAUUCCAGCAAUAAGAAGAUCAUUCUGUCCCAAAGCGAACGCGAACGGAAAGAAGAGUUUACUAAAAUCAUCGACAAAAACCAUGACAACAAAGCAGAUCGAGGAGAACUACUGGCUUAUGUUGAUCCGAGGCACCCUCGAUACGCUAUCCAGGAAGCUUCAACGCUAUUCACACUGGCCGAUAAAAAUGGAGACGCAAAACUCACACUACAGGAGAUGAUAGCAAAAUCCUCCAUAUUCAUUUCAUCGAAAAUGAUCAAUACCGCGGAAAGUUUCCACGACGAGUUCUAGGUGUUCAUGUAAUCGUACUAGAGAAUUGCGAUUGUGAUAAUGCUGAUAAUUGCUUGGAAAUCAUCCAAGCAACUUACUUGUGUGGAAUUGAAUUUGUUAUUUCAACAAAUUUGGAAUAAGGAACCGACUAUUCUAUUUUGAUAGAUUUUGUUUGAUUUAAAUUUUAAAAAAGUGAUUCAAAUCAAGACAAGUUAGUAUUACUAGAUUUCAUAAACAUUCCUGAAGACAAGUGAAAAGCAAAAAAAAAUAAGACUACAGUUAAAAACUCAUAAGCUCGUCUAAAAUUCAUCUCAUUAUGUGAAUU